CUUUUAUAGACCGACACUUGUCUGCAUUCCAUCAAUAUCUCCUUCUUCUCUGCUUCGCUCAAAUUAGAUUGUUUUCCACUUUUACCCGAAAGAAAGAAACAGAGAAACCGCCAUGUCUUGCCCCACAGCUGGUCAGGUCAUUCGCUGCAAAGCUGCCGUUGCAUGGGAAGCCGGAAAACCUUUGGUGAUAGAAGAAGUGGAUGUGGCGACACCGCAGAAGAUGGAAGUUCGCCUGAAGAUUCUCUAUACCUCCCUUUGCCACACCGAUGUUUACUUUUGGGAAGCCAAGGGUCAAACUCCUCUAUUCCCUAGAAUCUUUGGACAUGAAGCUGGAGGGAUAGUAGAGAGUAUAGGGGAAGGUGUGACACACCUGCAACCAGGAGACCAUGUUCUUCCAGUGUUCACAGGGGAGUGUGGGGAAUGCAGACACUGUAAAUCAGAAGAGAGCAACAUGUGUGAUCUUCUGCGGAUCAACACAGACAGAGGGGUUAUGAUUGAAGAUGGGAAGACGCGGUUCACUACUAAGGAUGGGAAGCCCAUUUAUCACUUUGUGGGAACUUCCACCUUCAGUGAAUACACUGUCGUCCACGCUGGGUGUGUUGCCAAGAUCAACCCUCAGGCUCCUCUUGACAAAGUCUGUGUUCUCAGCUGUGGAAUUUCCACAGGACUAGGUGCUACACUGAAUGUUGCAAAGCCACCAAAAGACUCAUCAGUGGCCAUUUUUGGAUUGGGAGCAGUAGGGCUUGCUGCUGCUGAAGGAGCUAGGUUGGCUGGGGCAGCCAGGAUCAUCGGUAUUGAUUUGAACCCCAAUAGGUUUAAAGAUGCAAAAAAGUUUGGAGUUACAGAGUUUGUGAAUCCAAAAGAGCACAACAGGCCAGUUCAAGAGGUGAUUGCUGAGAUGACAAACGGGGGCGUGGACCGGAGUGUGGAAUGUACUGGGAAUGUGAAUGCUAUGAUCUCUGCUUUCGAAUGUGUUCAUGAUGGAUGGGGGGUUGCAGUGCUGGUAGGGGUGCCGAACAAAGACGACGCAUUCAAAACUCACCCGAUGAAUCUACUGAACGAGAGGACGCUAAAGGGGACAUUCUUUGGCAACUACAAGCCGAGAACCGACUUGCCUUCCGUCGUGGAGAAGUACAUGAGCAAGGAGCUUGAGCUGGAGAAGUUCAUCACCCAUCAGAUCCCCUUUUCUGAGAUCAACAAGGCCUUUGAUCUCAUGCUCAAAGGUGAAGGCUUGAGGUGCAUGAUCAAGAUGGACCACUGAGAUCCUCUCUCCCUCUCAGUCUCUCACACACACUCACACUGUUUUGUAAGGAAAUAAAAACUUUACCUUUAUUGCAGUAGCAUAGAGAAGACUGGUUCCAAACUAUGCUAUUGCUUUUGCUCUUGAUUCUGUUUGUUGUGUUUUUGCUUUGCUUGGAGAUUUUGUAUUCUCCCUUCUCGAUCUUUUGAUAUACGAAGAAAUUGUAUCACUCUUUAAUCCAAGUUUUUUCGUUGUUUGGUUUCAUACUUUCAUCUUAGAUGCCACUAUUGCAUCACUUAUAAUUAUUGUAUGUUUCCUCGCUGUCUGAUUAUAUUUAGAAAAGCUUUAAUACUUCCUUCUAA